UUUAAGUGGCUGAAAUUAGCAAAUCCAGAAAUUCAAUAUUUUUUAAUUCUUCACAGGGCAAAAAGGAAUCGCUUUUCUGUCCUAAAUCAGGGGAUAGAAAACAAACCCUUCAGCAAGAAGAAAAACAACCAUAACACCAUUAUGCAAGUGGAUAACCAGGUCUCUCCAAGGAAAGUUCCAUAUUUCUGUUCCAUUCGUUAUGGAAUCGCUGUCUUCCUGCUCCUCUGUAAUGUUAUAAUAAUGUCACAGCGUGUGUGUAUGAGCCUCACAAUGAUAGCCAUGGUGAACAGCACGGAGCCACAUGGUUUGUCCAACACCUCCACAAAGGAGCUCCAGGAUAACAUAAAGAACCCUGUGUAUAACUGGAGCACUGAAAUCCAGGGGAUCAUGUUAAGUUCCAUCUUCUAUGGUGUACUCAUCAGCCAAAUUCCUGCAGGAUAUUUAUCUGGAAUAUACUCUUUAAAGAAAAUGAUUGGUUUUGCAUUACUUUUCAGCUCUCUAUUUACCCUGCUCCUCCCACUGGCAGCUGAAUUUGGAGAAAUUUUGGUUAUUAUAUGCCGAGUAAUCAAGGGAAUGUUCCAGGGGAUAACUUUAACAACUCAGCAAGUAAUAUGGAUCAAGUGGGCUCCUCCCUUGGAACUAGGCCGACUUACUGCUCUGAGUUUGUCAGGACUUCUACUAGGACCCUGCAUUGUCCUGCUUAUCACUGGAUUCAUCUGUGACUCCCUGGGAUGGCCCAUGGUCUUUUAUAUUUUUGGUGCUUGUGGCUGUGCCUUAAGUGUUCUCUGGUUCAUUCUGUUUUAUGAGGACCCAAAGGACCACCCAUAUAUAAGCAUCAGAGAGAAGGAAUACAUCACAUCCGCUCUCACCCAGCAGGUCAGCUCAAGUACACUCAUCAAAGUGCCCAUCAAAGCUAUGCUGAAGUCUACUCCACUCUGGGUCAUUUCCCUCUGUAAUUUUGCUUUUUUCUGGUCAAAUACCUUCCUGAGUAUUUAUACGCCAAUAUAUAUUGACUACAAGCUUCGUGUUGAUGUAAAAGAGAAUGGGCUGCUGUCUUCCCUCCCCCAUUUGUUUGCCUGGAUUUUUGGUGUCCUAGCAGGUUAUAUGGCAGACAUCUUCCAGACAAGGAAUACUUUCAGUCUAGUCACCAUCCGGAAACUCUUCACCUCACUAGGACUUCUCCUGCCUUCCCUCUUCAGCCUCUGCCUGCUUUACCUGAGUUCCAACUUCUAUGCCACUAUAAUUUUCCUGAUACUUGCUAAUUCAACAGGAAGCUUUGCUAUGGGUGGACUAAUGAUAAACGUCUUGGAUAUCGCCCCUAGAUAUUAUGGAUUUCUUAGAGGAGUUACAAAUGUAAUUGGACUAACAGGAGGACUCAUUGCUUCCACUGUGACUGGAAUCAUCCUUAGUGAGGAUGCAGAAUCUCCCUGGCUUAAAAUCUUCCUCCUGAUGAUAGCCAAUAACAUGAUAAGCCUAAUCUUCUACCUUAUAUUUGGUAAAGCAGAAGUUCAAGACUGGGCUAAAGAAAGACAAAACACCUAUCUCUGAAGAAGCCUUGUUUUUAGGUAUAAAAGAUCUCUCAUUGGAUGAGACAUUGGCUCCCCUAAGACCAAGGUAUCUCCCAUGUAAUUUGGUGGUUCAUUACCUGAAGAUGAAGUGUGUCCUGUUGACUGUGAACGGUCCUUGGAUGGUCCCUGGGAGCUACAUUUGGAAGUCUCACUCAUCUCUGAUAUUUCCUAUAUCAGAGGUAAAUGUUUCUCCUGCUAUCCUCUACCUAUAUUAAAGGCUUACAUAAGCAUA